AUGAAUUACUCCUUAUGUGUUCUAGAAGAGAUUCCGAAUGAGAUCUUCCUGUACAGCAUAUUGGGAGUCAAUAGUUCUUUCUCUCUGGAUAAUCCAUCUUCUCUUGGUCUGCAGGAACAGAUCAUCUACGUUCCAUACUCCAAGACAAAGAUGUUUCUGAUUCCACCAAUUGUUUGCCUUACGGCAGCUCUCCUGAUCAUCCCUCCCAUUUUGUUUGUGAUUUUUUCUCAUGUCAAGAUCCGUCAGGAAACAAGGUACUUGUUGCUGGGAAAUGCUUUGCUUUGUGAUUUGAUAUAUCUGAUACUCUACGCGAUGUCAGCAGUUCUCAGUAUGUCUGACUUCAAACUCUCUCAAGGUGCUUGCGUGAUCCUGUUGUUUCUGCUGGCAAUGACUUAUUGUGGAGGGUUGUUCACAGCUGCAGCAAUGGUUAUAGACACAUAUCUGGCUAUUUUGUGGCCUUUACAUUAUAUCUCCAUUUUGCCAUCCUCGCGCACAAAAAGGCUGAUACUGUUUCUGUGGAUCUCAUCUGGGAUUUUUCCUGGGACUGUCUUCUUAAUAUUGAAGAUCACCCAGAAACCUUCUGCAUGCCCUGUGGAAAGCUGCUCUGUCCCAAUAAUACUAGUGAUGAUCUUGCAAGGAAACCAUGCAGUGAAAUGUUGCUACGUACUUUCAGUCUCUGUCCUUUUUCUCUUUCUGUCUCUCAUUCUCGGUUGUUACAUGGUCCUGUAUUUCAAAACAAAACAAUCAGGAAUAUGGAAAAGCGUCUUUUCAAGAGCUAGUGUAACAUUCCUGAUGCAUCACAUUAUCUUGUUCUUUCAUUUCUCCCCUCUGGUGGCUUUUGUGGUGGAAUCCUUGCUUUAUGUCAAUGCUGUCAUUGGGCCACAGACAGGAAUAUGGGUUUCUAUGAUCAUCUGCAAUGUGCUCAUCAUUUUACCCAAAGCUCUGUCUCCUUAUUUGUGUGGGCUUAGAUACAGGGAGAUUUCCUCAUCUCUCGACCUCUUCCUCAGAUGGAAGCGCAUGACUGUGGUAUCUCCUGCUUCAUCCACCUGA